AUGAGACAAGGAGGUGUGAAUGUGCUGAAGCGUCAGCAAUCGUUUCAGGACACGAGCAGAGAUGAACCCAUAUGGAAACUCUGUAGAAGUCUCAUGGGCACUGAUGUUGAAAGGGUUUUGUUGCCAGAACUGAAGCUAUCGGACGAGAAACUGUCACAAGUAUUGAAGAUCUUCAGCGAACAGAAGCAAGGCGAUCUGGCUUUUGCUACUCUGGAGGAAGUCAGGACAGAUGGCAACAUUAAACUGAAGGCUUCGCAUUACACACUUGGAAUUGCUUCAUGUGCUAGGUCAAAUAUGACUCCACAAGCGUUGAAAUUGUUAGAGGUCAUGCCUCAGGCCAAAGUUCAACCAAAUCUUUACAGCUACAGUGCCGCCAUCAGUGCCUGUGAGAAGGGUAGGCAAUGGCAACGAGCAUUGAUGUUGUUUGUCGGGAUGCCUCAGGCACACAUACAGCCAACUGUCAUUAGCUACAAUGCCGCCAUCAGUGCUUGUGAGAAGGGCGGGCAGUGGCAACGUGCAUUUAAGUUGUUUGAGGCCAUGCCGAAGGCAUCAGUGCAGCCAGAUGUCUUCAGCUACAACGCCACCAUCAGUGCCUGUGAGAAGGGCGGGCAAUGGCAACGAGCGUUGAAGCUCUUGGCGGCGAUGCGCCUGACACAAGUGCAGCCAGGUGUCAUGAGCUACAAUGCCACCAUCAGUGCAUGCGAGAAGGGUUGGCAAUGGCAGCACGCAUUGAAGUUGUUUGAGGUUGUUCCCCAGGAAACACUGCAGCCAAAUGUCAUCAGCUACAAUGCGGUCAUCAGUGCUUGUGAGAAGGGCGGGCAAUGGCAGCGAGCAUUGAUGUUGUUUAAGGGGAUGCUCCAGGCAAAAGUGCAGCCGACUGUCAUCAGCUACAAUGCGGCCAUCAGUGCCUGUGAGAAGGGUGGACCCUGGCAACAAGCGUUGAACUUGUUUCAGGCGAUGCAUUUGGGCAGGGUUAAGCCAAAUGUCAUCAGCUGCAGUGCGGUUAUUAGCGCCUGUGAAAAAGGAGGCCAAUGGCAGAAAGCAUUGAAGCUGUUUGAAGAGAUGCCCCAGGCAGCAGUGCAUCCAAAUGUCAUCAGCUGCAAUGCGGCCAUCAGUGCCUGUGAGAAGGGCGGGCAAUGGCACCGAGCCUUAAAUUUGCUUCAGGGGAUGUCAGAGGCGAAAGUGCAGCAGACCGUCGUUAGCUACAACGCAACCAUCAGUUCUUGUGAGAAAGCUGGACAAUGGCAGCAAGCAUUGAAGUUGUUUGAGGCCAUGCCCAGGGCAAACGUUCAGCCAGAUGUGAUCAGCUACAGUGCUGCUAUCAGUGCCUGUGAGAAGGCUGGCCAAUGGGAGCAAGCCAUGAAGCUUUUUGAGGCAAUGUCCCUAAUGGAAGUGCAGCCAAAUGUGAUCAGCUACAAUGCGUCCAUCAGUGCCUGCGAGGAUGGUGGCCAAUGGCGGCAAGCCUUAGACCUGUUUGAGGCAAUGCCCAAGGCAAAAUUGCAGCGAGAUGUCAUUAGCUACGAUGCUGCCAUGAGUGCCUGUGAGGAGGGCGGGCAGUGGCAACUUUGCAUGUGGCUGUUUGAAGCCAUGUUGGAAGCAACCAUACAGCCAAGUCAUAUUUGCUACAGUGCGGCCAUCAGCACCUGCGAGAAGGCAAUGGCAGCAAGUACAAAGCCUGUUGAGGCAGGCUAA